AUGUCGACCACAAUUGACAAGAUCAAGGAGAUCGAGUCCGAGAUGGCUCGGACUCAGAAGAACAAGAACACCUCCUUCCACUUGGGACAACUUAAGGCUAAGCUUGCGAAGCUCAAGCGAGAGCUGCUGACCCCGUCUGGAGGUGGUGGCGGCGGCGGUGGUGCCGGCUUCGAUGUUGCGCGUACUGGUGUUGCCAGUGUUGGUUUCAUUGGUUUCCCCUCCGUCGGAAAGAGUACUCUGAUGAGCAAACUCACCGGCCAGCACUCCGAGGCUGCCGCAUACGAGUUCACAACCCUUACGACAGUGCCUGGACAAGUCAUGUACAACGGUGCGAAGAUUCAGAUUCUGGAUCUUCCUGGUAUUAUUCAAGGUGCCAAGGAUGGUAAGGGUCGUGGUCGUCAGGUCAUUGCUGUCGCGAAGACCUGCCAUUUGAUUUUCAUUGUGCUCGAUGUCAACAAGCCUUUGGUUGACAAGCGUGUCAUCGAGAAUGAAUUGGAGGGAUUCGGUAUUCGUAUCAACAAGUCGCCCCCCAACAUCAUGUUUAAGAAGAAGGACAAGGGUGGUAUUGCUAUCACCAGCACUGUUCCUUUGACCAACAUCAGUCACGAGGAAAUCAAAGCCGUCAUGAACGAGUACAAGAUCUCGUCCUGCGAUAUCGCUAUCCGUUGCGAUGCCACCAUCGAUGACCUGAUUGAUGUCCUGGAAGCCAAGAGCCGAAGCUACAUCCCCGUCGUCUAUGCGCUGAACAAGAUCGAUUCCAUCUCCAUCGAGGAGCUGGAUCUGCUGUACCGAAUUCCCAACGCUGUGCCCAUCAGUUCGGAGCACGACUGGAACAUCGACGAGCUGAUGGAGAUGAUGUGGGAGAAGCUUGAGCUGCGACGAAUUUACACUAAGCCUAAGGGCAAGGCACCCGAUUAUACCGCUCCCGUUGUGCUGCGCAAGAACAAGUGCACUGUGGAAGACUUCUGUAACGCUAUUCACCGUACCAUCAAGGAUCAAUUCAAGCAUGCCAUUGUGUAUGGCCGCUCCGUCAAGCACCAGCCGCAGCGAGUCGGUCUCGCUCACGAGCUUGCCGACGAGGAUAUCGUGUCGAUUGUGAAGCGGUAA